CCUGGCACCGAGACUCACCGGGAGCCCCUCGACCUGCUGUCGGGGCGUCCUGCAUCUCCAGAGCUGGAUUUCCUGCGGGCGCCCGCCUGACCGUCGACCAAUCUCGGCCCUUCGCCCCGCAGAAGCGCCCCGGGGCUUCUCUUCCUCCCCGCGCGCCACCGCCGUCCCUCGCCAUCACCGUCGCCACCACUACCGGCGCAGUCUAUCUUAGCCUCGAGGAACGUCCCUGCAUCCCAGGAUGGGGGUCGGGGGGUGCUUAGUCCUGCCCUGGCGGUGCCUAGUCGUCCUGUGUCUCAGGCUGCUCUUCCUUGUGCCCGCAGGAGUGCCGGUGCGCAGCGGCGAUGCCACCUUCCCCAAGGCCAUGGACAACGUGACGGUCAAGCAAGGAGAGAGCGCCACCCUCAGGUGUACUGUGGAUGACAGAGUCACACGAGUAGCUUGGCUGAACCGUAGCACAAUUCUUUAUGCUGGAAAUGAUAAGUGGUCGAUAGACGACCGAGUGGUCAUUCUCACAAACACCAAAACUCAAUACAGUAUCAAGAUCCAUAAUGUGGACAUAUAUGAUGAAGGUCCCUACACCUGCUCUGUACAGACAGACAAUCAUCCAAAAACAUCACGAGUUCAUCUUAUCGUCCAAGUUCCUCCCCAGAUUAUAAACAUAUCAUCAGACAUCACCAUCAAUGAAGGCAGCAGUGUCACUCUCCUGUGCUUAGCCUUUGGGAGACCAGAGCCAACAGUAACAUGGAAGCAUCUCUCCAGCAAAGGUCAGGGAUUUAUAAGUGAUGAUGAGUACUUGGAAAUCACAGGGAUCACAAGAGAUCAGUCUGGGGAAUAUGAAUGCACAGCUGUUAAUGAUGUUGCAGCACCUGAUAUUCGGAGGGUGAAGGUCACGGUAAACUAUCCUCCAUCCAUCUCCAGUCCUAAGAAUACAGGUGUUUCAGUUGGUCAGAAGGGGAUCUUGCGUUGUGAGGCCUCAGCUGUCCCAGUAGCAGAAUUUCAGUGGUUUAAAGAAGAAACCAGGUUAGCUAAUGGCCUGGAUGGCGUGAAAAUUGAAAACAAAGGACGGAUGUCCACAUUAACCUUCUUUAAUGUCUCAGAGAAGGACUAUGGCAAUUAUACCUGUGUGGCCAUCAACAAACUGGGAAACACCAAUGCCAGUAUAAUUCUGUAUGGCCCAGGAGCAGUACAUGAUGGCAACAAUGCAGCUUCCCGAGCAAUGGCUUGCAUCUGGCUAUCAGGCACUCUCUUUGCUUAUUUCCUCCUCAAGUUUUGAUAAGAAGAGGGAGGGUCCUUGCAAAUGAUGUCUGGCUUCUCCCACACCACGGACUUUUAACCAUCCACACUGCUGGGGGAACAGGAAAAAGAAAACAGUCUACAGCUUGAUUAUAUUGCUGGGAGGGCAAGGGGAGGGGGAGGGCGUCCAGAUUCCAAGCCAACCACCCAUUUGGGAUCAGUUAAUCAUAAACAUUUCCCAAAGUAGAAUUAGUUUUAAUUUCCUUCCUCAGCCAUCCCACCUUUCGAAAAUGCCCUAUUGAAAAAUCUCAGCUUCUCAUUUCUACUACUGAAUGCUUCUCGGCCAAGCCUGCCAAAAUAGCCCUGGAAGAAGAGAUGCCUUGGUCCAAGAGACAUUGUACACCAGGACGUUAAAAGCAAGUAAACAGAGCAUCCUCUUAGUUCUAUGUCUCCUUGAGCAAAAGGACUGCCCUUUUUAAGUUAUAGCACUGUACAUAUAUGUUCAUGUUUCAAAGUGUCCACUUCAUUCUGGUCUCUCACCUCCCAUUUGGGUGGUUCUUUGAAUGCAUCUGCAACCCUUCUAUUAAGGCAGUCUUCUGCAACCUUCCCCAGGAUGUGGGUUACAUGAGGGAUGGAAGUGGUGAUGGACCAUGUUGCACUUUAAGAUGCAGACUAUGAUUUAGCCAGCUGCCGGGAGCAUAGGAGCCCCUCUCCUCUCCUCUCCUCUCCUCUCCUCAAAACCUGAUGCUGGAGUGAUGGAAUGGCAAGUCAAGCACAUCACGUUUAGCAGAUUCAUCAGACCACUUUUCUGCCAAUUCAUCCAUCCAACCAAUUAUCCAUCCAUCUGCCUUUCCAGUCAUCUAUUUGCCAUAUUAAUCAAUUUAUCAAUGUAAUUAUCUGAUGAGCUAUUUUUUUAAUCCAGAUUGUUCCUCUUCAAUUCCCCAUCCAUUCUUCCACACAUCCAUCAGCCUGGUCACCUUCAUUGAGUCCCGCCUUCAGCUAGACAAUUUUUUUAAAUUCCUCAUUAUUCAACCCAUUAUUAGCUUAACAUUCCACUGCAGUCUUUUAGCCUUCUUUGCUGCAGAGGGAAGGCACAGAGGUAGUCCACACAGGAUCAAAAUGAAUAGUAUGGAUAAAGAAAAGGCACAUUAAAAAUCAAGGAGGGGCAAAGACAAUGGAAUAAUAUUUAGGAGCAUGUUGGGAUCAGCAAUUGUGUCAAUGGAUUUUAAGCCUUUUGCAUUCUUGCCCAUAUCAUCCCAGUUAAACAUUUCCAUUGUCAAGCAUUGCCUUAAAACAACUCAACUUAAAGUGCUGAAUUUUAUGGGGAAGUAUUUGCCAACUUUUCCAGUGCCCCCAUUUCUACUGCACAUAGACAUUCAAAGAGACUCAUUGUUUUUCAUUAUCCAGAAACAGCAAUGAGAUUGUCUCUCUACCCUGAUCCUGGCCAGGCCUUCCCAGAACAACUUUUGUGUUUGUUAUCUUACAAAUCCACCCUCGGAAGCUGUUGGAGGCCAAUUACUUUGCUAGUUUGUUGAGACAUUAGUUGUACAUUUCUUUGGAAACCUCUCUGAAACAGAAGGGUUUUGCACAGCAACUUAAGUUCCAAGUGUUUAAUUAACACUGAAGAAACAGGAGAAAAACAACACACCAGAGAUGGGAAGGAGAAUAGAAGGAGGAUAUCUCAAUGAUUCCGUGUGCCUCUUCCAUUUCUUCACCAGCCAAGCAGCUAAGGAAUCGUCCAGGUCACUCUUUUGUAAAAACAGCACCAAUACUUCCUGAAAAUUCUCACAUGGCUCCUCUCUCUGGAUGAUACAAGGUUCAGAUUGCUUCUGUCUGCACAAAAGCACAUCAACGUGGAGGGUUGUUGUAGGAAAGGAUUUCCCUCCCUACACGGAAAGAAAAAUACUCUUUUUGUUUGUAUUGGUGAUGGGAUAUUUGUGGAUUUCUGGAAUAAGCCAGAAUCAAAAAGCUACUAACAUUACAGACCAUUGCUAGAAGGAGAUAUCAACAGAUAGGUAGUUCUAAUCUAGAGAGUGCUAAGAAGAAUGCUUACAUGACUCAUUUCAAAUCAAGACCCUGAACAAGGUUGGGCGACUGGGAUGGAUAAAGUAAUGCUGCACAAAGAUGACCCAUGGAGGGGAGCCAAUUUCCAGUGUGUCCAGUUUAUGCCAUUUCUUUUGUGAUAGGUAAAGGCUAUUUCUUAGCUGGAAACCAAGGUGGAAAAUAAUCAACUGUUCCUGAUACAACACUUUGCUCUUAGAGAAUGUUCUCAAGAGGUGGCUGGUUCCAAGACUGUCUUAUUCAGACACACCCUGAAAAGCAGUAAGGAAGUAUAGCAUCCACUGUACUGAGCUGCUGUCAGCUGUGUCUUGGGAGCACUGAACUGACCUUGUGAGUGACUGGUUCAAAUUCUCAGUGGGUCUACACAGAUGAGUAAAGAGAUGUGCUGUUCAAAACGUUUAGCUUAUUGAAACAUGUAAAACAUGGUUCAAAGAUCCUGACAUUUACUUAUACAAGACUAAAUAUUUGGGUGGUAUAUUCAUAUUUAAAACAUUGGAAUGGUCAGGGCCUUGUUUUUAGAUGAGUGAUGAAAACAGGUACACCCCAACUGCAUUAUUAUUGAAUGUACAGACUUUUUCUUCCCAUAACUUAUUUUAAUGUCCCUAGUGGCAUAUGUUUCUUCAGAUUUCAAGCAAAGAAGUAAUC